UAAAAUAUUUUUUCAACAGGGGGCGGUAAAUUGCAAUGAAACGGGGGAAAAAAUGCCAGAACCAACUCCAGCGUAGAAGAAGAAUCCACUUCCGUCAUCAAGCAGUGAGUGGCGCUAAACACGGAUGAGCAAAAAGAAUGUCUUGUAACAGCAGUGUAAUCCGUGUUCAUGUGCCAUCACUAGACCAAACACAGCGAGCUGCAGUCCAUCUACUGCCCUGCGAGAUUGAACACAACGGGUCAGCACAGGUUUCACAGUACUUCACUGCAACCCUUAAAGAUCGCAAACAUGAGAAGACGGUGUCACUUAGAGGUCGUGGGCUAAAAGGACAGGAGAUCAGCUGUCAGCAGGGAUACACUGGUCUGGUGCUGAAAGAGUUUAACAAGCCUGGCUCUGACCAAGAGGACAGGACUGUGAAGGUAUCCUCUGUGUUUGACAAGCUGACAUACUGGAACCUGGAGACUCCUCCAAAUUCUGAUGACACAAUUGUAACAGCCAUGGACUGGCCAGAGUUAGCCGAAGCCAUCCAUGGACCAGUGGAGGACUGAGGAGAGACAGCAGCAGCAGGUUAGAAUAGUGAUGUACUGGUUACACAUUGGAAAAGGAAACAGAGUUACCACUUCAGAGCAACAAGACACAAAGUGUUGAUAUUUUUUUAAUACACAAUCCUUUGUAGUGAAAUAAAACAUGUUGAAUAACCA